AUGGCGGACUCUCUGGUUCUGACAGUGCCAGAUAAAAGACAGCAUUAUGGUAAAGAAGCAGGCACAGGGGAAUAUGCAAGAGGCUCUAUCACAACAAUAUUUGACCGAUUCUGGGCCAUACUGCAGGCGCACUUAUACCCUGAGGUGCUUCACCACCCACAGCCCAAAGGAGACAGAGCCGACGGUAGUCGGGUAAUUGGGAACCCUCCUCAAGGCAAAUCUAAGCCCUACGCUACAGGCCACAGCAUCCGUGGCCCUCCCGGACUAAGGGCAGCAGGGGACACACCCCAGAGGUGCCAGCCACACCGGCGGAGAACAAUGAAGCGACUCCUCACACAGAAUGAGAAGACUCUCCGCUCCACCCCGAAAGGGUCGACCCUGGGCCACAACGGGUCCCAGGCUCGUGGCCUACGAGCACCAACCCCCACACAGUUACGGGGCAGGAGAGAGAACCCACCUACGAGACACCACGGCUCUACUCAGCAGAAGCGGACUCCCAGGGUUAACCACAAAAAUGGAAACAAACAGAUGACAAGUGAUUGUUGGGCAGGCGGCGACACGGCUGUACUCCAGGAACGAGCUGGGCGCAGGUACUCCGCUGCAGACUGCACCUACCUAGUCGCCCAACUCCACGGACGACACCUACAGGGGAGCACUGGUCAGACAGCGCUGCUAAUGGGGGUGCUCGACUCGACUGGGGACCAGUACUUGUCACAGAACAGCGGGAGAACACGUGGAGACACCACACUGGGCCAAAGAAUGGACUAUAAAGCAAAACACACCAGUGGCAUCGGAUGA